CCGCACGCUGACCCCUCCAUAUAACCAGCCACUGAGCGCACGAGAGGGGCAGCUGGGGCAGCAAGUAGUAGCACCACCAAGACGACGGCGAGCAGUCGAAGCAGAAAGAGGCGCCUUCAGGUCACAGCAGUGUCAAUUCGCCGGACAGCAGCAGGACCAGGCAUCGAGCUCGCUGACGAACGAUGGAGCGAAGAGGAGCGCUGCGGCCGAGUCGGGUGUUGGCGACGAUGGAGGUUGGGGAAGUCGAUGCCGGCGGUCGAGUAACGUGAAAGUCACCAAGUUUCCCGGAUAUCCCAGAUCAAACCAUGAGCCAGCUGCGAGUCCAGCCAGGGCUAUUGCAAUCAAUCAGGCAGUGCAAGUGAGUUUGCAGGCGAACCACGGGUCGCGCACAUGGACGUAACUUUGCGCUGCGUCUCCUUUGUUGCCCUGCGGGUUGCUAAAACUGUUGGAUUCUGGCCAAACCCUGAAACCAGUGCUACCUACGUCAUACCCCCGGGAUACCUGGGGAAGCAGGCUGGCAGGGCAGAAACCAAUGGUUAUGCUGCUGGUUGUUGGUGUUGGUGUUGGUGUUGGUGCUUUUGAUGCUGGCGUUGACGUUGCGGCCGGUGAACACGGGUGGACGGCGUUGUUUGACCAUGUUUGAUACCCCUUUUCUACGAUCACGUUUGGUUGGCUACGUAGUUACCAAUUGAGCCUGCCGAUAGAAUAGUUACAGCGACUUCUGGCUAUUUCUCCAGAGAGUUACUCUGAUUUGAUAUUGCUUUUGAUUCUUACAUCGGGAGUCUGUUUGGGGCGAGGACAGCCUGAGUUGAGAACGUAGACUCAUGGAAUUAGUUCCACGGCCACUUCUUACCAAGAAUAUCAUCCUUCGAGCGGUCCCUCGCACUUCUUUUCUACCAUUCUGUUCUCUUUUGCCUUCACAUCUCGACUGCAUUCAGGGACUUAUGGCCGAUUUACGAAGGAUUUAUGCAUUUUUUGAAUAAAAAUGCCAAGGAUUAUCUUUAACAUUACAUAAGCAUGACUCAUUUAUUAGUAAUAACUUUAAAUCAUUACAUAAUAUGUCAUGUGAUAUAAAACCUUAAUCUUGUAGAGAUAAAAAAAGAACGUCAAAGCAAAGACGAAAAGAAGAAGAUAAUAAAUGCAGAGCAAGUCGAGGUCGCGGAGAAACUGAGGAUAGAAAUAGCCAAGAGACGGUGAUGUCACUUAAUCUUACGGCAGCGCAUUCAUCUCGCAUAAAGAAACCGACUUCAGCAUCUCGACAGAAGACCCCCUUUGCCUCAUUUCGCCGCGCCAAGGCAGCUUCUACGCCGACUGCGCUUCAUAGCAAGGGCAAGCAGCUCGAAGCCAACCAUCACCAGACGGAGGACAGUAGUAGAAGUGCCUUGAGACAUAAUACCAGUAGCAAUACUACCGGUGGAGAUGUUCUCUUCGAUGAAGCAUUGCCAGACUUGGGCCCUUCUAGGGCCAUUACGGAGUCCGUCGCCGUCAGCAGUGUGACUCAGGCCAUCCAGCAUAUCCAGAGCACCAUGUUCAGUGCCAUCCCGGAAAGGAGAUCGGGCAUGAAUAGUACGCGGAUAGCACAGGUUAUGGCAUUCAGAAGGUCACUGCCUCCGAUCGUAUCUGUGGCACAUGUACACGUUCUGCUUGACGAGCCUACAAAGGUCGAGCGAGAGAUUGUACAGCUGAUUGACUCAGCUGUCGUUCGCAGACUGCUUGUAACCGGGCGUGGAGACGGGACAUACGGACUCGGAGACUGUCUUGUUCUGUUGGAUGACUGGGAGAAGCUGGUUAGAAAUAGCACUGCGCUGGACGAUGUGCUGAAAGACCGCUUCAUUGAGGCUCUACGGAAGGAAACCAAGUCCCCUGCUGUCCCUGUUGGUUUCUUCUCUCCUGAAGAAACUGCUGCACUGGUUCGUUCAGGCUUCCUAGUGACGGCCUCGUCUCACUCUAAGAGCGGUUACAUAAAUGUAGGCCACUCGACGACUUCACCGUCCGCAAAUCAUGCUGUCCACUCAUCAAGUGAAAGAGGAUCAACGAUGAUCCUCUCCUUACCCAACAUGGGGCCUUACCUCCGGCUUCUCGGAUCUGCACGUACCCAGAUCCUAGACACCCUGCGGAAAUCUCGAUACAGCGAAGCACCUCUCUACCUCAUUCGUGACCGGUGGGACGGUUCUAUUGAGCUAAACUCCAGGGCUAGCGUCGCAAAGCACAUUCGCGGGGAGUUUGCGGGUGUCUUACCUGGACGAACAAACAAGUGGAAACAGCUCCAUGGCUUGAACUUCCAGUGGGCGCUCGAAGAAGCCCUGGGGGCAGGACUGAUCGAGAUCUUUAACACAGGGAGCGUUGGGCUGGGAGUGCGGAGCGUAUGACAAUCGCUCGUCUCCUAUAUAUCAUCCUUCUCUCUCCCGCACAAGUGCUGGACAAUAUUCUCGUACAGCUUCAAUCUCAACAGUGAUACCCCAAUUUAUAUAGAAUAACGAAUACGCAACGCCUGUACGAUUAACCUGUGGCCACGAUAGCGCCUUCUUGAAUAUAUAUAAGCCUUCCACAAUACGUCAUUCUAGGGAGGUUCUUUCUUUUCUUCCAUUGUUGUUUACCUGAUGUUUUGCGUUCCGGUGGCUCUUGCUGCCUCGUUUUGCCAUUGUUUCCCAGCCAGCAAAGAAUUAGUAGAAAAACAUCCAGUCUCAAUGUUUUUCUUCCUUUU